UCUCCCGUAACGCGAUCCUUGGCACGACACAGAGGCAGCAGCUCUCGUUCUCGCGCCAUUUUUCUGUCCAAAUCGAAAACCCUAGAAUCACAUCACUAACAAUCUUCAAAGAUCCCGUCAAUUCAGCUGGGGUGGUAUCCUGUACAAGCAUCCUCUUCAACUUCCGAAAAGAAAGGCUAAUUUUUUCUGCCGAACAGAGGCGAAGAUGGUUUUAACAGAAGAAGAAGUCACAAGGCUUUACAGAGUUCGAAAGACUGUGAUGCAAAUGCUGAAAGAUCGGAAUUACUUGGUUGGAGAUUUUGAGAUCAACAUGUCAAAAGAACAGUUCAAGGACAAAUACGGAGAGAACAUGAAAAGGGAAGAUCUUAUCAUCAAUAAAACUAAGCGAAGUGACAGCAACGAUCAGAUUUAUGUCUUCUUUCCUGACGAACCAAAGGUUGGGGUCAAGACAAUGAAGACUUAUACCAACCGCAUGAAAUCAGAGAAUGUGUUCAGAGCAAUCUUGGUUACUCAACAAAGUCUGACGCCCUUUGCAAAGACCUGUAUCAGUGAGAUAUCGGGAAAGUUCCACUUGGAGGUUUUUCUGGAGGCAGAAUUGUUGGUGAAUAUUAAAGAACACGUUCUAGUUCCUGAGCAUCGGGUGCUUACAAAUGAGGAAAAGAAGACUUUGCUGGAGAGGUACACUGUGAAAGAAACACAGCUCCCUCGGAUUCAGGUGACUGAUCCAAUUGCGAAAUACUACGGGCUUAAGCGUGCACAAGUUGUGAAGAUAAUUCGACCAAGUGAGACUGCAGGGCGAUAUGUCACCUACCGUUACGUUAUAUAAUUACUCUUAUGUCAGCUCGACUUGAUAAUCUUUCAUUCAUAGUUAUGUCGGAAUUGGAGCUCUAAAGCGAGCAGUUGCUGCAAUCCGGAUUUUAUGGAACUGAGAUGAUGUUUUGAACUCAUUUUGUGGAUUCCUCAGUGGUGUAUGGACCUGAAUUCAGUGUUUAUAUGAUUAUGCAUUACGACUUGCUAGUA